UGGGUUGGUGGGGUCAGAAGCACAGGGGGCCCUUAAUUCCGGGACGGCUGGGCUUGCUGGGGGUGCGGGGCGCCUUGUGUGUAGCCCCCAGCACAGUGAGUUCCUUCUCGGGUGGAAGGGAGCCGAGGGCUGCGGGAAAGAGGAGCGAAGCUGCGCCGCCCAGGAGAGGGAUGUCAGUCCCGGAGAGGGAUGCCGCUGCUGUGAGGGGCGAAGGCCCAGCCAGCAUUUCUCGCUGCACGGGCCACUGCACCAACCUCGCCUGCGGGGUCCCUUGAAGGACCGUGUCGACUGGAGAUGAUCUGCUCCCCUGGAGCUCACCCCGUAGUGCACCCCAUCCUGUGCUCCCUGCCAGCGCUUCUUAAAGCUAAGCUUCAGACAGUGCAUUUUCUUUGGAAGUCUUUUUAAUCCAAAGCACCGCCCCAUCGUAAUCACCUCUUUGCUCUAGGACAGUGAAAACAGCCUUUCUCUGUGGAGUGACAUUUUUAAAAAAAUUAAUUUAUUUUAAUUUUUUUUUGGCUGUGUUGGGUCUUCAUUGCUGAGCGCGGGCUUUCUCUAGUUGCGGCCAGUGGGGGCUACUCUUAAUUGCAGCGUGCGGGCUUCUCAUUGCGUUGGCUUCUCUUGUUGCGGAGCACGGGCUCUGGGCGCGUGGGCUUCAGGAGUUGCAGCACGCGGGCUCAGUAGUUGUGGCUCGCGGGCUCAGUUGCUCCGCAGCAUGUGGGAUCUUCACGGACCAGGGCUUGAACCCGUGUCCCCUGCAUUGGCAGGCGGAUUCUUAACCACUGAGCCACCAGGGAAGUCACUGGAAUAACAUAUUAAGGACAGCCUCUUAAUACCAUUUAUGGCCUUGAGUUUGCUACCCUUUUGCUGAGAGGAACCUGAGGGCUCCUGUUACCAAAAUUAAUAGUUUCUUAGCAGGGAAAAUGGUAGCAUGGGUAUCUGUUACCCAGACUCUUGCUUCUUUUGUAAAGACUUAGAUAGAAAUACGUAACUCAGACAGCAAGACAUAUUACUCCAUUUGAACAACUUUCCUUUUUUUUUUUUUUUUUUUGCAUUCAGGUAUAUGUUUUUUUCCCCCACUUAAACACUGGGCAUAUUUGUAAUUUAGACUGAGGGUGCUUAGAGAAUGCCAGCUUCCUUUGGCAUAAGGUCUAGGGAUGUGAAUUGGCUUCCUAAAAACACAGUCAAUAUAGGAAUUCCCGGUGGUCCAGUGGUUAGGGCUUGGCGAUUUCACUGCUGGGGCCGGGUGUGGAGAGUGGUGGUGGAAAUCAGUAUAUUCCAAAAUAAGGGUCCUGAUCAUUUGCAGGUUGGGGUUAUGCCCAGCUCUGCUUUCUGCUCUAGUUGUUUACUGUAUCAGAUAAGAAUGUUGAAGUCAGUGUCCAAACAGGUUUGGGACUGAAUCCUGCUCUACUACUUUCUGGUUGUGUGCCCUUGGGAAAGUUUCUUAAUGUCUGUUUUGUUCACCUACAGCAUGCUGGUAUCUGUUUAUACACUUCAGAGGGCUAUUGUAAGAAUUAAAUGAGACGUAUAAGGUAUUUAGUUCACUGCAUGCCACAUAAUAGGCAGUAAUAGGGUGAAAAUUAUAAGUACACCAUCUUUUGUUUUCCAUAUGUGUGCCUUCUGUUAAGCUCCCAUUUUUCCUGAAUUGUGCUAUUCUUUAUAUCCUGAAAGGCCAAGUCCAUAUAUAACUGUCUUCCAGUGAAAGGUCACAUUUCCAGUCCCAUAAAGUAGCUCAGGGAUUGUAGUUGGGUCCAGAAGAUAAAGUUUAGGCUGAAAAGGAUAUUGUGAUUAUGAUAGAGAGGAAGAGGCAAGGAAGAGUUUCCUCGUUGGCCUCCCUUUUAUGUUUAGAGAUUAUUGGCUAUAGUUAUUCUAGCCCUACCUUGUCUUAAUUUCUUGUUACUAGUUAAGUAAAUCCUAACUUUCUUUUGAAAUUGACUUCAAAGGUUUCAUCUUUAUGUCAAGGACCCACUUAUUCUUUGUAAACUAAACAGGGUGAUUUCUCUUUAGCUGCUUCUUAUACCUACAUAUUGCUUCCUUAAUGUCUUAUUAUUGGUGCCUUUUCCAAAAAACUACUUCAUUUUUUCAAUUAAGAGUGUUUCUAAAUUCCAAGUGGACAGUGAGUAUUAGUAUUCAUUCUGUUUUUGAAGCUUGAUCCUCAGACUUUAAUGUGAAGGUUUAAUUUUUUAAAUUAUUUUCCUAGGAAAGGUAAAUCAGGUAAACUCGUAAUUCUGAAUACUUGCAUCUGAGAUAAGAUUGUCUAAAAGGAUUUCUAAGGCCCAUGUUUCUUAUUUUUAGUAUGGUCCACAGAACAUUCUAUGCUUAACAGUUGUUAUGUUGCAGUGGUUGGAGAGGAAGGAAGAAGGAGAAAUGUUAACAAAUGCCUUCAAGCAUAACCUGUUUCCUUCCACAGGAUUUCUGAUCCCUAACCUGACUGUGACCAUUGUGAUGGAACAAGAGCAAAAACUGUUGGUCUCAGAUUCUAAUGGCUUCAGAGAGAGGGAGAGUUUGAAAAGCACUUUUACAGGAGAUGAAAGUAAGAAUAAUUUGGAAACUGUUCAACACAGUAACUCUAAGGCAGAUAAAGAGAGAGCCUCAAAAUGGUCUAAAAGUGAUGGCCCACAAAAUUGUAAGCAUGAGGACACACAAAAAAUGCCAUUGACAUGGUCCCAGGGGCGUGAAACUGAGUGUGAUGAUUCCUGUGAGAAUGAUGGCAACUUGGAGAAUCAGGGAAAUUCUACAGGAAAAGAGGAGGAAAAACCCAAUCACUGGGGAUGGGACCCAGGACAGCAUACCAGGGCUGCCGUCCAGCAGAAUUCAUCCUUCGGGGACAAACCCUACAAAUGUUCUGAAUGUUGGAAAAGCUUCAAUAAUAGUUCUCACCUUCGAACUCACCAAAGGACCCACUCAGGAGAAAAACCUUAUAAAUGUUCUGAGUGUGGGAAAUGCUUCAGUAACAGCUCUCACCUGAUUCAGCAUCUGAGAACACACACAGGCGAGAAGCCCUACCAGUGUGGCGAAUGUGAGAAAAGCUUCAGCAACACCUCCCAUCUUAUUAUCCAUGAAAGAACUCACACGGGAGAGAAACCCUAUAAAUGUCCUGAGUGUGGGAAGAGUUUCAGUAGCAGCUCUCACCUUAUUCAGCAUCACAGAUCACAUACAGGUGAAAAGCCAUAUGAAUGUCCAGUUUGUGGGAAAUGCUUCAGCCACAGUUAUGUCCUAGUAGAACAUCAGAGGACCCACACUGGAGAAAAACCUUAUAAGUGCCCCGACUGUGGGAAGAGUUUUAGUCAGAGUUCUAGUCUGAUUCGCCACCAGCGGACACACACAGGUGAGAAGCCCUACAAAUGUCCUGAGUGUGGAAAAAGCUUUGGUUGCAAUUCUACUCUAAUAAAGCAUCAGAGAAUACAUACAGGAGAAAAACCUUAUCAGUGUACAGAAUGUGGGAAGAAUUUCAGUCGAAGUUCAAACCUUAUUACACACCGGAAGAUGCACACAGGUGAGAAAUGCUAUGAAAGGUCUGAAUAUGAAGAAAGUUUGAGUCAGAACUGCAGUGUGAUAGACGAAUGCAGAAUCCAGCCAGGAGAGAAACCAUAUAAAUGUUGUGAAUGUGGAAAGAGUUUUGGCCUUAGCUCCCACCUCAUAAGACAUCAGAGAACACAUACAGGAGAAAAACCUUACAGAUGUUCUGAGUGUUGGAAAACUUUUAGUCAGAGUUCCACCCUGGUGAUUCACCAAAGGACGCACACAGGAGAGAAACCUUAUAAAUGUCCUGACUGUGGUGAGUGCUUCAGUCAAAGCUUUAACCUUAUCAGGCAUCGGAGGACCCACAUAGGAGAAAAACCUUACAAAUGUACUGACUGUGAGAAAUGCUUCAGCAGAAGUGCCUACCUCAUUCAGCAUCAGAAAAUUCAUAUAGAAAAGUCUUUUGCGUCUCCUGAAGUUGAAGAUUUUCCUCAUGAAUGGACUUGGAAAAACUGUUCUGGGGAAAUGGCUCUUAUCUCUUCAUUUUCAGUCCCAAAUUCAUCUCCCUCCUGAGUCCCAAAGUCUGUUUUUUUUUUUUUUUUUUCCUUUCUUUUCUUAUCGGAGCAUUACAAUUAAGGUGUUCUCUGAUCACAGGGUUAUAAAAUUUCUUUGGUUUGUUUGCCAAAACAUUUGGGAAAAGUCAACCUCCCAGCUUAGAGGUUGGGAAGACCCAGAUCAUCAGGUCAUCAAAUCUGCCCAGUGAGAGAUACUGUCAAUGUUGGAGAGAAAGAAGAAUAUUUUUUAUUUAAGGUAAGAUAGGAAUAGCUCCAAAGAAAAACAUGGAGAGAAAUCCUGGGAGACUGAAGAUGAGAUUGUCAUUGAAUUUCCUUAUUUCCUGUUACCUGAUUGGGUGGCAACAAAUCAUUACUGUCCUCGGGGAUUUACCCAGACAAAGAUUCCUUUUGAACAAAUAAUGUGAUUUCCUGGCUAUUUUUUUGGGUCUUAAGGAAGAAAAGACUAAUUUUUUUUUUUUCAAAUGUGUUUUUAUUUGCUGAAAAUUAACUUUUACAGUAUCUGGAACUGCACUGUCUGGUACAGUAGCCAUUAGCCACGUGUGGAUAUUUAAGUUUAAAUUAAGAUGAAAUGAAAUUUAACAUUGACUUCCGUAGUCACACAAACCACUUGCUGAGUGCUCAGUAGCCACACAUGACUGGUGGCUGCUGUAUUAAAUAUCACAAAUAGUUCUUUCAAGAUCAUCAUUCUUGACAGAUCUAGUUCCUAUAAGACUGUAAGAAAUGUGCUCUGGGGUUUCUGCUCUCCAAGAGGAAUUUCAAUAUAGAAUAGAAAUGGUAUAGAGUUGUUUUUAUUUUUUUAAUUUUGGCCGUGCUGUGUGGCUUGUGGGAUGUUAGUUCCCUGACCAGGGAUUGAACCUGCCUCCUUGGCAGUGAAAGCGUGGAAUCCUAACCACUGGACCGCCAGGGGAUUCCCUGGGAUAGAGUUUUGAAGGCACUCAGUCCAACAGUUGGCUAUUCUGAUGAUUGUAUGUUUUAUAUUCGGCCAUCUCAGUCAUCUAGUGACAUGAUCCCAUUGUCUUGGCCAAAGCCAGAUUAGGACGUAGGAUUCUUGAAUUCUUUUUUAAGGUUUUCUGUCAAAUGGUCCUUUCCCCUCAGUUUUACUAUUCUGUAAGUCCUCAUCAGAUCAGAAACUGGGUUCUUUUUCUAAUAAUUAACUCACUGAGUCUGAGCCAGUGUCCAGGGACAGUUUGCCAUUGGAGCCCCAAAUUCCUUAGUUCCGACCUUGAUAAUUUUCUUUUGCCCUUUGGCUUAUGUGGUGUGUGGAUCUGGUAACUGAGACAUAAUCCUCCCUGCUCGUCUGUCCAAUGGGAAUGGUGCUUUGUAAAGUAUUAAGACAUUCCCUAUGCCCCCACCUCCAGUUCUUCCUGCAGCGCAAAAAGUAGAUGUACAGGAAGGUCAGGACUUGCCUAGGAUUUCAUCUUUUUUUUGGAGUCAAAAAUAUAUUUUAUGAAGAAUAGGUAGAGAUGCAUAUUAGGAAUGUGGAGCCAGAAGGGGCCAAUUACAGCUGCUGCAAAGGGCUGUAGAUCACUUGUGGGUAGCUGAAUUGCAUGGGGAUUAUUUCUUUCGCGAUUGUGGUGCCCCUGAUACUGGCGAGGCAACUGUGUCUUUCUAUAUUGUGAUAGGAUUUAAAAAUGAAGCAAAAGCUAACAAAGGUAUUCAAGAAGUCUUUGGGGGUGAUUUUCUGCUUUCAGAAAGGGGGAGAACAUUAUUGGGCAUCAUUGGCUUUAAUGUGACCCUUACCUAAGCAUACUUUUACCUAUGUAUGUUACAUAGUAUCACCCAAAUUGUCUUAAACUGUAAUAUCUGAGGAUAAGUGUUCAUAGUAUUUUUUACCACAGACAACUGAGAGUUUGAUUAAUGUUUGAUAAGAGUUUGAUUAACGAUCAGUUGCAAGGCAGUAGCUGAUGAGGUGGUGUGCAAUCAUCGAUCCCAUUAUGUGUGGCAAGUAACCACUCUGAACCUGUUUCCUCAACUGUAAAGCAGAGAUAAUGCCUACCUUGUGGGGUUUCGGUAAGGGUUAAAUAAAUGUAAAGCAGCUAGCACAGUGCUUAAAAUAUAAUGGGUCUAAAUAAAUGGUAAUUGGUUAUUAUUAAUGGAAACAAAUUGAAAAAUAUCCUCCACACAUUUUCAGAAGCAGCAAUACAGCCCCAAGCUUUCCUACUUGGGGAUUCUUUAUGACAAACCUCAGGAACUCUGAGGAAAAAGGUAGUAUAAAAACAGAAGACUAUAUUGUGUUUUAAGUUUACAGACUGUUGAAAACACUUUUAUUUGAUUCAGCUAAUUGAAUUUUUUUUGUUGUUGUUCAUGAAACAAAGGAUUCUCUUUAAGUCAGGAAAGAACAAAACAGCAAGUUCAAUUUCAGUUAAUUUGCAUCUGAAAGAGAUUAACAAUUGGUACAAUUUAUGUCUUAUCACCAUCCCUACACUAUGUUUUAUGACUGCCCACAAUUAUAUAAAACCUACUGCACAAACCUCGAUGUCUGCAGGAGCAUAGACAUUCACAUUUUAGAUGGGUUAAGAUGGGCUUUAUUAGUAAAACAAUUAGUAAAACAAUGAUUCUUACAAGAAUCAUUGUCUCUUUGGAUUAGAAAUUAGGAAAACAGAAGAGAGAUUUGUCACCUACAAUGGAGAAUUUAACAUAGUCAAAUUUAAUCCUAUUAGAUGCCUUUGCCUCACUUUCAUUAAUCAGCGAAUACGUUCUUUGUUUAGUUCCCGAAGAAGUAAAUAUUCUGUAUUCUCUAUUUUUCUUGCCAGCACACAGGAUUCAACAUCUGAUUAAAUAAAGCAUUCUUUUUUACAA